CGGGGUACUCUCUGAGAGAGAGAGAGAGAGGGGGCUCCGGUGCCUGAGUCAAUUCCAUUGCGCAACUUCCUUCCUACUUCCUCCACCGCCUCCUUCUAACGGAGCCCUCUCUCUCUCUCUCUCUCACCCGCUGGACCCACCUCGAGAGGUCGUCUAUCUCUGUCUGACUGUCUCCCUGCCUUUCUUUCUUGCUCACAAUUUUUCCGUUCUUCGCUUCUGGAUAGCAAUUCCGCUUCGCAUACAAUCUAGUUCGUUACGGGAAGUACAAGGCCAAAUUUCUGUAUAGCUGAAGAUCAUCCUUUCCUCUAUUGAGUUACAUUUCUGACUUGCUGAGCUUCAAAACCUGGUCUGGAAAGCUCAAGGUGACGAUGUGUUUUCGGCAUCUGAGCCGGUGUUAAAUCAGGAGGCCUUCAAUUAUGAGAGCUUGGCAAAUUGAAAAUUCCAGAAAGCUGAGCAGUUAGUGAAAUUUACCUCAUUAGAAGAUGAGCAGCCAAUGGGACCUUUAUGGGUUUCCACUGAGCUGGAUCUUUCUUGUGGUUUUCAUUUUCCACCUCAAGAUCGAACUAUGCUACUCAUUGAAUCCCGAAGGUGCGGCUUUGUUGGAGUUUCGUGCAAGGGUGGAUUCUGACCCUUAUGGUGUCUUCUCUAAUUGGAACCCCAAGGAUAAUAGCCCCUGCAUGUGGUCGGGAGUUCAUUGUCGUGACGGUAAAGUGGAAAAGUUGGAUUUAAGUGAAUUUGCUCUAGGAGGAAUCCUGGCACCUGAGAUAGGGAAACUUAGCAACUUAAGAUCUCUCAUCCUCUAUAGGAACAAUUUCUCAGGGGUCAUCCCCAAAGAGAUACACACACUUACCAAGCUAGAGCUAUUAGACCUGAGGCAUAACAACCUGGAUGGUCAGAUUCCUGCUGAAUUCAGAAAUUUAUUGUCAAUGAAGCAUGUCCUUCUUUGCAACAAUAAUUUUGAAGAUGGAUUACUUCCUGAGCUGAGAAAUCUUUGCAUAAGAUUAGUGGUGCAGUCUAGUCAAGGCUUUCUUGGAUCUAGUGAAUCAUAUGCACAGCGACAUGUCGAGCACCUUCUUGUUUCUGUAGGCCGCAAACUUCUAGCUGACAAGGAUUUGAUUUCUUCUAGUGGCGGAACGAAUGGAAAAAGUGGCGGUGGCCCGACCACUAAGCCUCCUUCGGGGUCACCUUUUGGUGCUAAAAUUCUCCCUUCUCCUUCCAGUACACCUCCAGUUUCUCCAUCUCCACCACCUUCUUCAUCUCCUAGAACACCUCCAAUUGCUGAACCUGCAUCACCUUCUACUGCUUCUCCUAGCACUACAUCUAAAGGGCCACAAGUUAAGUGGAUUUAUGCUAUUAUUGUUGCUUCUGCUGUGGCUGUUGUUAUGGUCGCCAGUAUUGCACUGCUUUUUAUGUGCCGAAGUCGAGGUGUGGCUGCAAUUGGGCCUUUUAAGACUGGACUAAGUGGUCAGUUACAGAAGGCAUUUGUGACAGGUGCACCUAAGCUCAAUAGACCAGAAGUGCAAGCUGCUUGUGAAGAUUUUAGCAAUAUCAUCGGUACUUUGGCUGAUUGCACAAUAUAUAAAGGGACCCUCUCUAGUGGAGUUGAAAUAGCUGUAACAUGCCCUACAGCUACAUAUUCUAAAGACUGGUCAAGAUGUUCUGAGUUUUACUUCCGGAAAAAGAUUGACACAUUGUCUCGCCUGAACCACAAGAACUUUGUCAAUCUUCUUGGUUAUUGUAUUGACGAGCAGCCUUUUACUAGAAUAAUGGUCUUUGAAUAUGCUCCAAAUGGGACCCUUUAUGAACAUUUACAUGUUAAGGAAGCUGAGGCCUUGGAUUGGAGUACAAGAAUGAGGAUUGUCAUGGGAGUGGCUUAUUGCUUACAGUUUAUGCAUGACCUAAGUCCGCCAAUAGCUCAUCCUAGUCUAUAUUCAAAAUUUAUUUAUCUAACAGAUGAUUUCGCUGCUAAGCUGGCAGAUUUUGGUUAUGGAGAGGAAACAACGGAGAAGAUGAAGGACUGUGGUGAUAAUGAUUUGCAUCAAAUGGACUGGCCUUAUGAUAAUCUGGAGAGCAACAUUUACAACUUUGGAGUUCUUUUGUUGGAAAUCAUUUCUGGAAAGCUUCCUUAUUCACCAGAACAAGGAUUUAUUGUUAAUUGGGCCGUUGAUUACUUGACUGAUAAGGAUAGUAUUGGAUACAUGAUUGACCCAACAUUGAAGUCCUUCAAAAACAACGAGCUAGACAUCAUCUGUGAAGUCAUUCAACUAUGCAUUCAUCCUGAUGCUAAACAAAGACCAACAAUCAAGGAGAUAACUACGAAAUUGAAGUCAGUCAUGGAUAUCUCACCUGAUGCUGCGACACCAAAGCUUUCUCCCCUUUGGUGGGCAGAGCUCCAGAUACUUUCAGCAUAAGCAAGUUAAUGUUGGGUUGCUUAGGCUUGUUCAUGAAUCACGUCUUCUGAGAUUUUAUUCUGCCUUUUGUACAUGUUUCUCUUAUUCAUUAGCAUCUUACCGUUUUUUUUUUCUUUUUUGGAGAAAAUGUUUACAUCAGUCCUUCAUUCACUAUCACAGCAAACUUGACCAUGAUUUCUU